AUGAAGGAGCUUUUCGGGGAGACCUUUGCGAGCAAGGACACAGGCAAGACGUUUGCCAACACCAUCAAAGAGGAGGUGGCAUCCUACAAGGCAGCAAGCGGCAUUCCAGUGGAUGAUGAAGAGGACACAGUUAUUGACUCUGAUGGGAGGCAGGAGAGGGCAAAAGAGAAGGAGAGAAAGAAAGAGAGGCACAGAAAGAGAAGAAGAAAUGUAGCAAGAAGAGCUUCCAGUGCAAGAAAAGAAGGAAAGGAAUUGGAGGACAGACCAGAAAGAGAGGAGAGGAGAGGACGAAAAAAGAGGGAUAAGGAGGGGAAAGGGAAAGGGAAAGGGGGAGAGGAUGAGAGGCAGGAAGAAGUAAAGAAUGACACGGUUGCUAAAAUUCAAAAGAAUUUCAGCAAUGAAAACACCAGAAAACUGGAGCAAAAAGAGAUAGAGGUUGUAAUAGAGGAGGAUGGGGAUACCGAGGGGAAGAGGAAAAAUGGACACUCAAAAAAAGAUGAGAAAAAGGAGGACAAUGGAAGAGGAGAGAAAGUUGAGAAGAAACAGAAGAAAAGAAGGGUUGAGACAAGUUCAGAGCAUGAGUCAUCAGAGGAAGAGGAGGAUGAGGAAGAGAAAGAGGGAGAGGAGAAACCAGAGGUCUUGUCUCCCGAGGAGUUGGAGAAGCUGAAGGAGGAAGUGGAUGAGAGGAAGAAACUUAUCUCAACCCUAAGAGGAAAGCCUUGGCCCAUGAGGAAGAAACUGCUAACUCUACGGGAGUCCCAUGAGUUUGUGGAGAAAUAUGAGGGAGCUCUUGGGAAAGGAAAGAGCAGAAAACUGUAUGCAUAUAAAGUCAUGAUGUUGAAGAAAUGGAUGAAGUUUCAGAGGGACUUUGAAAACUUCAAAACUGCUUGCGUUCCAUGGGAGAUGAAAAUCAAAGAGAUUGAGAGCCAUUUUGGCUCCUCGGUUGCCUCCUACUUCAUAUUCCUGAGGUGGAUGUAUGGCAUCAACAUGAUCCUCUUUGGGCUGACGUUUGGCCUGGUCAUGGUGCCAGAGGCUCUGAUGGGCAGGCCGUAUGGUAGCAUGCCCAGAAAGACUGUCCCUAGAGCUGACGAAGCCAACGCCAUGGACUUUGCUGUCCUAUGGGACUUUGGGGGCUACGCCCAGUAUUCUGUCCUCUUUUAUGGCUACUACAACAGCCAGCGCGCUAUUGGCUGGCUCAAGUUCCGCAUGCCCCUCUCCUACUUCCUGGUUGGCGUGGGAACUGUGGCCUAUAGCUAUAUGGUGGUGAUAAGGACUAUGGCCCGGAAUGCUAAUGAGGACGGGGGCGGAGACAACAACAACUUCAAUUUCAGCUGGAAGAUGUUCACCAGCUGGGAUUACCUCAUCGGCAACCCUGAGACAGCCGACAACAAGUUUGCCUCCAUCACCACCAGCUUUAAGGAGGCCAUUCUGGAGGAACAGGAGAGCAGGAAGGAUGACAACAUCCACUUGACCCGUUUUCUGCGGGUUCUGGCCAACUUCCUGGUGCUGUGCUGUCUAGCAGGAAGUGGCUAUCUCAUCUACUUUGUGGUGCGUCGCUCCCAGAAGUUUGCUUUAGAGGGACUGGAGAGCCAUAGCUGGUGGGAGAGGAAUGAGGUGAACAUGGUGAUGUCUCUCCUGGGGAUGUUCUGUCCCAUGCUGUUUGAUGUGAUCAGUGCACUAGAGAACUAUCACCCCCGCAUUGCUCUACAGUGGCAGCUGGGACGCAUCUUCGCCCUGUUCCUGGGGAACCUUUACACCUUCAUCAUCGCACUCAUGGAUGAGAUCAACCUCAAACGGGAGGAGGAGGAGGUGCUGAAGCUUAAUAUGACUAUGUGGGAGGCCAGUCUGUACAAUGGGACCUUGGGAGCGAAUAGCACAGCUCCUCCCAUCACCGUCCACCCUGCCGACAUCCCACGAGGACCCUGCUGGGAAACCAUGGUGGGACAGGAGUUUGUCCGACUCAUUGUGUCGGAUACUAUGACAACCUACAUCACGCUGCUGAUCGGUGACUUCUUGCGUGCUGUGCUUGUGCGUUUCCUCAACUACUGCUGGUGUUGGGACUUGGAGGCUGGAUUUCCCUCCUACUCAGAGUUCGAUGUCAGUGGGAAUGUCCUGGGCCUGAUCUUCAACCAAGGCAUGAUAUGGAUGGGUGCGUUCUAUGCCCCCUGCCUGCCUGCUUUGAACGUGCUGAGACUGCAUGUGUCAAUGUACCUGCAGUGCUGGGCCGUCAUGUGCUGUAAUGUUCCUCAGGAGAGGGUGUUCAAGGCCUCAGGCUCCAACAACUUCUACAUGGCCAUGCUACUGGUCAUCCUCUUCCUCUCAACGCUGCCCGCCAUCUACACCAUAGUCACUAUCCCCCCCUCCUUCGACUGUGGCCCCUUCAGUGGGAAAAGCCGCAUGUUUGAUGUGAUCCAGGAGACGCUGGAAUCUGAUUUCCCUGCCUGGUUUGGGAAGGUGUUCAGCUACGCCUCCAACCCUGGCCUGGUGCUGCCUUUCCUACUGCUGAUGGUUUUGGCCAUUUAUUACUUGCAGUCUACAUCCAAAAGCUACAAGCAAGCCAACCUGGAGUUAAAGAAGAAACUUCAAACCCAAAAUGAAGAGAACAAGAAGAAGACUAAAAUUGCAGCACUGAAAGCUGCUAUGGAUUUAGAGGAGGCUCAAAACGCUCGGUCAGAAGCACCGCGGCAACAGAGAAACAACAACGCCUCUCAGCAAUCUUAUAGGGAAGACAGAGAAAAGAAGGGUGAGGAACACAGAACACAUCAAGGAAAAAGCGACCAUCAAAUUCCCCCUUCUGCCACCAGCCCCCCGGCCCCGAGGGGCCACAGAAUCCCUGGGCCCCUACCAGGUAACCAGCGGCAACCAGCACCCAGUGUUCAGAGGGUCCCAAACUCCCAGAGACACUGA